GGGAUUUCAAAUUUUCCCACGUAUUUUUUCUCUUUUGUCUUUGGCUUAUCUUCCUAACACGAUUAACUGCAACGGAACUUUGAGUUUGUACCAAAACGUUGCUGGAGUGAAAUAAUUGUUUUCUUUUUCUCCAAACGGAAGCUUUCGCGCCCAACGCUUGCGGAGAGUUUUGCCUCAAAAAAACAGGAUAACUCAGAAAAAUAAGGCCAUAUUUUGAUGUAGCAACCAACGUUUUCAGGUAAAACAAAAUGAAACCAAUUCUAACGAGUUUCGUUGAAAACGUUGUUGACCUUUACAUGUUAAAUUUCCAGAAAAGCACCGGUAGCGUUAGCUUAAUUUGUUCAGCUAGCUAAAUCUAACUUAGACAAUAAGACUGAAGAGCCGAGAACUUAUAAAUAUUUCUAAAAGAUCAAGACAGACAGAAGAGAAGCACUUACCAGAUCGGAAGAUGAUCUUCUUUGGGUAAUAAAGAUGACAGCCUAUAAAAAUAAUGCUUCACUCAAGAAAAAACUCAGCUUAGAGCUUGUAAGGAUCAUCAGCAUAUUAAAGAAGGAGAAUAUCCAGCUGAAGAAGAUUCUAGCUGAGGUGUCCCAUCAUCAUGCCGAACACAAUAAGCUUGUGGAGAAACUCCUCGCUCUUGAAACUCUGCGGCUCGAGAGUCGUCAGCAGCAGCAGCUUCCACCAAAAAAUGAAAAAACUACUUUGUCCUCAGAGGAUUCCCCAUCAUUCUCCAGCGAUGAAGCUGUCUCACAUCUUCAGCAUAAGCUCAACGAUGCUUUGGAAAAGAACAAGCAGUGGCUGGAUUAUGACCAGCAGAGAGAGGCCUAUGUUAGGGCAAUUCUGGACAAAAUGUUAUGGCUGGAGAAGCAUCUGAAUGAAACCAAUCAGGCCCACUCAAAGCAGCACAAUGAGGAGCAUUCAGAUGCAGAGCCACAAAGACAGCUUAAAGAACUCUUUGAAAGCCUCUUGAAACAGGCUGAUGUCUGGCUGGAUAUGCUUAAAAAACAAGUUGAAGUGACUCAUCAGGAGCUGAUCAUUGCUGAAAAACGGUUCAGAGCAAGAGAAGAAGAGUUGGAGGCUCUCGUCUACCAAAUGAAGAGUGAAACAAUAAGCAAAGGAAGCCCACAAGAAGAAUGUCUAAACUCUGAGGAGGAAGAGCAACAGCUGAGGGAGAAGACCCAAGAACUCCAAGCCAGGCUGAAGGAGGAGAAACGAAGGUCUACAAAUUUUGAGCUGCAGGCAAGCCUCUAUCAGAGGUACAUGUUAAACUAUCACCAUGCAGACCAGGAAAAGAUUACAGACCUGGAAAGACAGAUCAAGAUUUCUUCACAAGACCUUGAGGAUGCAAAGCGGGACAAUUCAUAUUUAAAGAAGCAAAUGCUCAGAAUUCUGAAGAAGCUACAUAGAGAAGACGGCCUUUCCCCAGAUCAGCCAAAGAGAGACCAGCAGGACCUUCACUCAUGUGAAGAGGCAAUGCCACCCUCCUCGUCCCCCAGAGACAGCCUGACGUCCUCUACUCACACCAGCGUGCUGAAUGAAAGCAUCCUGGAGUGUCCCAGCUGCCAGAAUGAGUACCCGGCCAGCGAAUACAGAGAGCUGCUGAAGCACCUGGAAACCUGUCUGGAAUGAAUCUACCCAUCAAAGUUCAGUUCUGUUUCUUUGUUUAGACGUCCUAGCGCAAGUUCAAUGCCUGUUAAUAAACUGCAAUUUUGCUUGAUGGUAUUUUAGAACCUCAGUUCUGAAAUGAUUUCAAAUUUAAUUGAAUUUUUAAAGCAUCGUUUUCAUUAAGAUAAAUGUAACUGAAGAUUUGUUCUGUUUCUUUGUGAAAAUAAAUUGAUGUAAAAUGACUGAUUAAACCUUUAAUAAUUGA